GUAUUUUAAUUUAAUACGUAUAUUGAAAAUUUUUCUGAUUUGACAUCAGGCAAUUUAUUUGAAUAUAAUUCAAAAAAAAAAUAUUUAUUCGCAUUAUCAAUUUCCAUCUUCUACAGAAUAUUUUGUCUGUAUGAUAAUUUGUUUUAUGUAUUUAUGUGUUCCAUAAUGAUGAUGGCAACUUCAUUACCAUCAUCAUCAUCUUCAUCAUCAACGACAGCCGCAUCAUCGACAACAUCAUCGAUUUCGGUAUUGCCUUGUAAUAAUAUUAUUUCUUCAUCAUCGGCAACAAUAUCAACAACAAACACAAUGGCCCUGUAUGCCUGUACUCGUUGUAAUUCUCGUUAUCCAUUCGAUGAUCUUUCUGAUGGUGAAAUGCUUUGCAAGGAUUGUCGGGAUGCAUUUGUCAUGGUUAAAUGUACUUAUUGUCGUUCGGAAUUUCAACAGGAUUCAAAAUCUAAUUUAAGCUCAAUUUGUCGUAAAUGUGACCAGAAUAUAAAGCUUUACGGAAAACCAACAUUAUGUGAAUAUUGCAAUAUAACUGCAGCUUUUGUUGGAUCUAAAUGUCAGCGUUGUAUGCAUUCAGAACAACGAUAUGGUCCUCCAGUUACUUGCGAUCAAUGUAAACAACGUUGUGCAUUCCGCCGAAAAGAUAAAACCGAUCCAAAUCGACGUCUAGAUAGUGAGAGAAAGUUAUUAUGUUGGCUAUGUACAAUGUCAUAUAAACGUGCAUUAGCCAAAGCUAAAAAUAAACAAUCAUCAAUACAGAAUUCGAAUCUAAAACGUGAACAUUCAAAUCGUUCAAAAUACAAACAAGAACAUGGAGGCUCAAACGGUACGAGUAGUUCCAAUAACUCAAACAAUUGGGAUCAUCGUGAUGGUGGUUCAUCAUCAAAUAAAAAACAAUGCGUCGAUUAUGUUAAAUCAUUUAUUAAAACAAGUAAUGGAACAUUUUUACCAGCACCGGCAACAACAGUAUCGAUUUCAUCAUCGAAUAAUUCUAGCACAUCAUUAUCGGUUAAUUCAAAUAUCGCUCCAGUUACAUCAACAACAACAUCAAUGUCGAUGGAUGCUAGUAAUGAUAUUAUGUCCGUUAGCGAUAAUGUUGUCGCCGUAACACAACUUCGGGAGAAAAUUUUAUCACUUGAUAGACAGUUGAAAAAUAAGAACCAAGAAUUGCUCAAAAAAGAUGUCAAGAUUAAUGAACUCAAAUCCGAAAUCAGUAAAGAACAAAGAGAAUGUCGAGAAAAAAUUCAAGAUAUGACCCGUAAACAUAAUGAACGUAUACAAGAACUGCAACAAAAAGUCACCAAUCUGAAUAAACAAUUAGCAUCGUUACAGAAAGCUUCGAAAAUUAAAAAUUCUAUUAAUAGUGUUAGUAGUUCCGGUGGUUCAAAUAAUAACACUGGUAAUGAUAAUAAUAGCCCAUUAAGUUUCUCUUAAGGUCCAUAUAAUCUUUGAAUUACCUUUUUUCAAAUAUCAACCAAUCAUAUAAUAAUCAUUAACACUAAUUCUGCAGUUUGGGUCAAAUUAUCCAUUUUAAAAACAAAAUAAUAAUAUAAAUUCAAAAUCGCAAUAGAAAGUGUU